UAUGACUCCAUAGAAGAAGAAACUGUCUGCCGGGAAUCCAGACGUCUGAACAUCUGCACCGCGAGAUCAGUUGUCCGGUCGCACGCAGCAAUUCUAUGACUGAAGUUUCUCGACUCUAUAAAAGCCGGUGCCGCUGUCUGCUUGGAAGAUUCGGAUUCUUUCUGGAAAUAAAAUAUCAGUGUGAAGGACGGCCACGAUGGAACAGUCAAUACGGCUUCUAGCGCUCACACUCUUGAAAAUGGUGGCAGCCAUGUAUAACGAAGGUUCGGGAUACGCCUCCGAUGACAGCUACAAUAAUGAAGUUUAUGUUGAACAGCGCCCACCAGCCCGCCAGCCAGAUUAUCUCGUUCCUCGCUGGUGUUAUGACCUGAAAAUCCAAGAUGGAGAAGCGGCGUGUUAUUCUCCCCGAGGGCCGGGCUACCGCAGCACUCUUGGAACGCGUUGCAGUCUGUCAUGUGACCAGGGCUUCCGCUUUAUUGGACAGAGCUCGGUGCGCUGCUUGCAAAGUCGCCGCUGGUCUGGAUACGCCUACUGCAGGAGGAUCCAAUGCCAUGUUCUACCAGCGAUACCCAAUGGGUCAUACCAAUGUUCGGCUGGGAUUAACGAAGGAUCCCGCUGUGAUUAUACAUGCUCUCUGGGCUAUCAGAUAGAAGGGGACCGAAAUCGUGUCUGUAUGGAGGAUGGGCUGUGGAGCGGAGGAGAACCUGUCUGUGUAGAUGUGGAUCCACCUAAAAUUCAGUGCCCGCCUUCCCGAACAAAAGUUGCAGAGCCAGGAAAGUUAACGGCCGUGGUGUACUGGGGAAGCCCAUUGGUGAAGGAUACGGCUGAUGGUGCAAUCGCAAGAGUCCUUCGCCGAGGCCAAGAACCCGGCUCUGAAUUUCCAGAAGGGGAACACAUCAUCCGAUACACCGCCUAUGAUCGGGCGUACAACCGGGCAAGCUGCAAAUUUGUAAUAAAAGUUCAAGUGAAGAGAUGCCCGGUACUCACUCCUCCGCUCCAUGGCUACAUUACCUGUAGUGGUGCAGGAAAUAAUUAUGGAUCCACCUGCGAGUAUCACUGCGAAGGAAGCUAUGAACGCCAGGGGCCGGCGCUCAGAGUGUGCCAGUUCAGCGGGCAAUGGGCCGGAGCACCAGCUACUUGUACCCCUAUGCAGAUCAAUGUCAAUGUGAAUUCACCUGGCGCAUUUGUGGAUCAGUUCUUUGAGAAGCAGCGACUGCUGAUAAUCUCUGCUCCCAGCGCCUCCGACCGAUACUACCGACUCCAGAGCGCCGCUCUGCAGGGGGCGAGCUGCGGCCUGGAUCAGAGACAUGUCGUAGUGGUGGAGCUGGUUGGAGAGGAGCCAAGGGAAGUGGGACGGGUCAAGUCUCAGCAACUCUCCGUUGACCUCAUUGAACAGCUAAGGCAGGCUCUUUAUAUCACAAAGUCCUAUUUCAAUAUGGUUCUGCUGGACAAGUACGGUGUGGACCGGGAACGCUACCGGCAACCCACAACAUCAGACGAGCUCUUCACUUUCAUCGACACGUAUUUACUAAGCUCACAGGAGAUGGCACAGGUGGAGGCCAACAGAGAACACUGUGAAUGAUGGACUGGAUGGAGCCGAGGAACAACUAUCUGUUCAUUAAAAAAGGAUAGAUUUUUUUUUAUUGUUUAUAGAAAAAGGGUAUUUAUUAAAAAAAAAAAAAAGUCU